AUGAAAAAAAAACCCAACCUUCUUCUGGCCUUACCGAGGAUUGUAAUCAUCGUUCGGGACCAGCAGCAGCAGCAGCAGCAGCGGGAAGCAGAUAGAGCGCUAAGAAAAGGAACGCCAGGACGAAGUCGUUUCGAGUUGCUAUCGUAUAGUUGCUUCCAGACCAAAACAUCCUCCCAGUCAGACUUAUCGUGUGAAGUCUGCCGAAAAGUAUUCAAAUAUCAACAUACCCUGAAGCAACACGAGGAGACACAUUACGGAAUCAAGAAAUUUGAAUGCAAUAUUUGCAACAUGCGCUUCCUGCAUAAAGGAUCAUUAAAAGUGCACCUUCGGAUGCACACCGGCGAAAUGCCUUACCAAUGUCCUCAUUGUCCGAAGCGAUUUCGUGGUCAAUCGUCGCUCGAUUGCCACGUCUUUCGUCAUACCAAACAGGGCACUAAGUGCCCUCAGUGCUCUUCGGUGUUCGCAACGCCCUCGAUUGUUAAGCAACACAUCCGCGAGGUGCACACAACGGAACGGUCCCACACUUGUCAGAUAUGUGGUUCCAAUUAUAAACAUUUGAAAAGUCUGCGGUUACAUUUACGAAACCACCAAAAACGAGACUGUCCAGAGUGUGGACAAGUUUUUCAAAGUGUGUACGCAAUGAUGACACACCGGAAAAUUCAUGCGGAAGAUCACUUCCAGUACAAGUGCGAAUAUUGUGACCGGAAGUUUGAAAGACUGGAAGAACUAGAUACGCACAGGAAACUUCGGGGCCGUGCUUUCCAGUGCGAAACGUGUUGUCACAGCUUCAACAAGGCUAGCUACCUAGAGAAUCACUCUCGGCGUUUCCACUGGAAAGAGAUGGGUUUGGAGCAGCUGAAAAUCGCACCCCCCAAGAAUGGUUGGAAUCGAAAGGGUGUUCCGAAACCGAAGAAACAGAAGAACCUGGAAUUAGUGGAACAUCAAACUUCGGUUGUAUAUAAUGACAAAAAUUAUCAAGAAAUUAGAGGUUUAGAGACACAAACGGAACAACAUACAUUUGAAGUGGUCGAACAUUCAGCCUUUGCCAAUGAAUCGAAACAGGUUGUCACAACAAUAACGACAGAAAUUGAACCUGUGUUUUCGCAGGAGGAAAAUAGAGGAAAUUACUCCGACCAUCCCUACGAAGAUGAUGACUAUAGCUUUGAUUUAAAGGAUAUUAAGGAUUCCAAACCAUACUAUGAGGUAAAUGAUGAUGUUGAAAAGCAGGAACAUAUUUCCGGUACUGAAAAUGAGAGCCCACUGGCGACAAUUUUGGCAGAAGAACAGGAAAAUCCAACAUCCUUUGUUGAUACAAUUGUACUGGAAGCGAAACACGAAUUUAAAAAUGAAGAAACCAUAAAGCAAGAAACCUUCGAUAACGAUCAUGCAUGUCAAACAACUUUAAAUGUAGAACUGGAAUCUAAAUCCAAAAGUCGCAAACGAAAAACUACCCGCUUCCUGCCAAACAAAGCUGUGAAAAAGGAACUGUUUUGCCCAUUUUGUGGGGAGUCCGUCGAAGGUCGUCUAGCAUUACGGGAACACAAGAACAUUUGUCACUCAAAUGCAGACGAUGGUAUUGCUCCUUAUAUAUGUGAAGUGUGUGGAAAAUCGUAUUCCUCAUCUACGUCCCUUCACACUCAUCUCCUAUGUCACAUAUCGGAACGGCGAUUUCAAUGUGAUAAGUGCCCGAAACAAUUUUCUUUCCGCUGUUAUCUGGAAAACCACCGACGGGUACAACAUCUACAAGAUUUACUCGUGUGUUCUCUUUGUGGCAAGCAGUUUAAAUAUGCUCAGGAUUUGAAAGUGCACACACGACAGCACGAGGAUAGCAAACCAUUCAAAUGUGACCUCUGUCCUUCGACUUUUCGGUUCCCUAGUGCCCUGCGGAGUCACAAGGCGUGUCACGAUGCGGCUGUCUUCAAAUGCGAUAUCUGCCAAAAAUGUUUCAAAUAUGACAACAGCCUUCGGGUUCACAAACGCUUGCACUCAGAUAGUAACAAAUUUCACUGCCCCAUUUGCAAUCGAGAGUUUAACACCAAAGCCCCCAUGCUAAGGCAUAUGACUGUCCACUCGGCCGAACGAGAACUAAAGUGUGCAGUUUGUGAGAAAAUCUUCUACAAAAAAAUUCACCUCGGUAUCCAUCAAACGAAGGAGCAUCCCAAUCAUCCGCUGAUAGGUAAAACAGCUAAAAUUCAUACUUGUAAAGUUUGCGGUCAAGAGUUUACCAAAAAGAGCAAUUUGACUGCCCAUAAUCUCAUCCACGGAAGCGUUUACAAAUACAAGUGCCAGCUCUGCGAGGAUCAACAAUUCAAACAGCAUGCUGGUUUGCGACAUCAUCUGGUGCACUUCCACAAGGUGGAACUUCGGAAACGAGAAGCGAAAAGACCCACAGAUGAGCUAGGGAAACAAACUCAAAAGCCCGUUGAAAUCGGAACAACCGUUAUCAGCGGAACUUUGGCACCGGGAAUAGCGUUGAUGCAUAACGGAAACGAGUUUAUGCUACAGCAAAUUCAAUGUGAGUGAGUACCUACCAAUAUUUAUUUAAUUUUUUUUUUAAUAAGAUUGUUAAAUG